CACUCUAGUAUUAUUAACUAAUAAAAUAAACAAUAACAUAACCCUCGGAAAUCCUGCGAUGAACGCCGUGAUAGCGCUGUGCCACUUUUGCGAGGCGCACGGUCCCUGCGCCAUCUUCUGCACCCAGACGCUGCGGGACACGAAGCUAGAGGAUCUGUCGCUGGAGCAGCAGCAGCAGUCGCAGCAGAAGUCCUGCUCCUCCUGCAACUACUCGAUGGGCAGGAACAACAAUGCGAUCUACAGCAGGGACACGGAAAGCGGGGCCACCUUUGUGAGCACCAAGGUGGCCGUCCUGCCGGAGGUGGCCAAUCUGGUCAAGCAGGCGGCGGUCCUGAGUCUGAGCAAUGGAACGGAUGCCACUAAAGACGGGGAGUUUGUCUUCUUCGGCGACUCUGCCAGGGGUCACAUUUUGAGUCACACCUUCCGGCUGAGCGAUUUGCAGGCGCGCGGCUACUCGCAGCUCUUCUCCAUCAUUGUCCUGAUGAAGGACAAGUACUUUCUGCUGAACAUCAAGCCCUUCCUGGCGGAGCACCUGAAGAAGGUGUCCACGGAGCUGCAGGCGGCUGCCAGGAAGACCAAGGAGACCGAGGAGUCGACCUACUCGGAGCGACAGAGGCGUCUGUCGGGCGCCCAGUUCCUGAUGCACACCUCCCGCUCGCUGCUGGAACUCACAGGCGAGGAGCACAUCUUCGCCCAGCUGCAUUCGCACUUCUCGUGGCUGCUGCUUGCAGGAUCUAGAUUCCUCACCGAACACGUAACGUUUGGUAAUCUGCCGUGGCUGCCCCCGCAAAGCAGUGGCCGUCCUCCCGCCCAGCGACUCACCUACAACAGCUCCACGCUGCCCAUGAUCGAGAGCAUCGACGAUCCGGAUCUGGAGGAGUUCUUCUCGCUGCGACAUUUGAAGAGUGUGGUGCGCAAGGAGGAGUUCGCCACCGUUUGCUAUUGCGCCUUGACGGGCGUGAAGAUUGUGGUGCGCGGGGAUCCAAGGAAAACCUUCCGCUUUAUGGUCUGCCUGAAGAAACUCCUGCCCGAGCCCAUGCACAACCUGAUGCGAAUCGAUGCCCAGCAUCAGCACUCCAUCAGCUCCGAGUACAAGAUAAUAUCCGUUUCCAAUGAUAUAGCUGUGCCCAUGGCUAGUAACUCGGUGUUUCGCAUCGAUUUCCUGGACAAACACGUCAACGGACACGAGGUGUCGGUCAAAUGGCCGGGUGAGCUGCCUAGGAAAUUGCCAGAUCUCAUGGUGAAACUUCUGAAGGCGGUGGAGGAGAAGAACUUUACAGAACUAGUGCUGAACAAGCAGACCAAAGUGCUUAUAGAAGAGUGGAAAAACAAAGUGACCUGCCUCAACCAUGCCAAAUCCACCAGCGUCCAGGGCAAACUGAAGAAGGUGCUCGGCGUGCAGCCGCACGACCAACCAGUAAUCAACUACUGGGGCACGCACCUCCACUAGGAUAAGAGUUAUUACAUUCGUUUUCACCUUUUGGAAUAAAACCUUUUUAUUGCCGCGCUUCUCGAGCGACAGCGAGAAAAAUCAAUAUCUU